CUACCACUCAACAAAAUGAUAACUUCCCGUUUCCACGAUUCAACUCUGUACGAGUUCCAGCUGAAACCGUACAAUCCGUUGCCACCGGUUCCACCGAAAUCGCUGUGGCAUCGGUUCAAACGGAUCAUCUACUUCAUACAAUUCUUGAUCAAAAGCAUCCCAAUUUGGAUAAACCUGAUCAUCCGUUGGAUAUGGCCACCCCCACCCAAGUCCAUCGUCGGCUGGACCGCCCUGGUCACCGGAGGUUCCAACGGGAUUGGCCGCGGGGUUGCGUUGGAACUUGCCCGGAACGGCUGCAACGUGAUCAUCGCCGACUUGGAUGUGGUCAACGGGAAGAAAACGGUCAAGGAACUGCUCAAACUCGGUGUGAAAGCCGCCGUGUACAAAGUCGACGUGUCCGUUUACGAGGAGGUCGUAAAGCUCGGACGCAAAAUCGAAAGCGACUGCGGACCGGUGGACAUCCUGGUCAACAACGCUGGGAUCUUGUCAUUUUUAGUGGAUGACGAGUACACGCCUGAGAAUCUGCGACGAAUGGUGAACGUCAACUUGAUGAGCCACUUCUGGACCACGUCGACCUUCCUGCCGGGAAUGUACGCCCGUGGCCGCGGCCACAUCGUAGCGCUGUCCUCAGGAUCCGCCUACAUCCCCACGGGAUACUUGCGGAACUACGCCACCACCAAGUACGCCGUCCGCGGUUUCAUGGAGGACCUGCACGACGAAAUCUACCACGCGGGGUACGAGGGCCGCGUGGUGACCACGACCGUGUUCCCGUGGGUCAUCGGAACGCGCAAGGAGUCGAUUGAGAAGCUGCUUGCGUUGCCUGGAAACUCGGAACUGGACGUGACCACCCCGGAAGACGCUGGGCGGGUGAUUGUCGAGGGCAUUCGGAACAACACGAGGAAGAUGGAUGUGCCGAACCUCACGAAUGUUUGGCCGUUGGCGUUGACGAGCGACCUCCCCCGAUCAAUCUCUCGGCUUUUGUUUGCACAGUUGACAAAACCGUGAAGAAAGGUUGAUUAAUUAAUUCGACAGCAAAGUAGGCAUGCGCGUUCCAAAGAAUUAAUGUAGGGGGAAUAGAGGAGAAAAGCAACUCGCGACAAAAUUUUGAGGCUAGGAAUUUUGACAGGUAUGAUUUUCAUAAAGUAUUCGCCUCCUUUUCUCUCCCACAGAAAACCUGGGAACGAGGUAGCUGUCAAACUAGGCCAAAAUGUUAAAGUCACUCACAAAAUGAACUUUGAGUGAUUUGAGUUCAUUUCUGACGUCACGAUUUUCUAGUCUAUAUACCCUUUCUU